CCCUCCUUGGUCGUCUCCUUUCGCAAAACGCAGUAGUAGGGGAAUACAAAGAAACCUCACUUCCCGCUCUCAUCCCCCGCGCCCUACCCUCUGCAAACGUCGCGAAUCCCCUCAGAAGUCACUCCUUGGCGCAAUCACUUCUCCGAUUCCAGUCUUUCCAGGCAAUUGUUCUUGUUUCGCGCCACAGCCGGAACUCCAACGCACGUCCUCCGCCCUAGGACACCAACCCUUCCUCCUAUCAGUUGUCCGGUUUGGAUCUUUGGUGACGGUCCUGUGCUUUGUCUGGAUCCUCAUAAAAACACAUCUGCUGGCGGUUUCUUUCCGUCUCUCGUUCGAGUCUAAUUCUGUAUCUUCAGAGACAUUCUUCUAUCCUCAUUCCGCCUAGUCAAAGCCACACUGAUCCUCGUUUGCGGACGACGCAUAUCCUACAAGACACAACAACAACCGUCAAGAUUGAUUCCUUCAACUUUGGCUUAGAGAAGCCUGAAGUCAAGAUGGCUGCGGUCUCCGCGCCGCAAGCCCCCAGUUCUCUCACACCUCCGAGUAGUUCCCAUGGAGGCCAGCAAUCCUGGAACUACGCUGUGCCAUCACAAUUAGAAAAUUCCCAAAAACUAUCGGAAUACAGCAAACCACCUCUGUCUAACACGAAUGGUCACGCCCUGGGCCACCAAACAUCUCGUACAGAUCUGACACAGCGAAGACCCGAAUACAACUCAGCUCGUUCCGCAGAAAGUGGAUAUUUAGCACCCGCACGAGUAAAUGCGUUGAAUCGCAAGGAUAGCAGUAUCAGCGAGACUGGAAGUGCUCCGGAUAGUCUACUCGAUCUCUACGGGCCGAACAGAAGCGGGAUUAAUAGCAUUGAUUACAGUGAUGUGAAGCAGGCCAAUACGGAGCAAUUCGAAGAUGAUGAUCCGGAACGCUCGCGUUGGAUACAUAGAGACAAACUUGCGCGCAUCGAAAGCCAGGAACUUCAAGCUGCAGGCAUAAUUCUUCCUCGAGCUCGCGCACCCAGUAAAUCCAGUCGGCGAGAGCACAGUAGGGACCAGCAAGGAAACGGAUUGAGAAGCGAGCAGGCCCAAAAGCGGCAGCGUGUUGGCUCAUUUCCUACUGAGGAAGAAGAGGCCCCAGAAAAUAAUGUGUGGGAUUUACGACUUCCAGGAGAAGCUGCUGAGGAUCAAGGGGAUAUUUACCAGGACGUUAGUGGGGGAGUGAAAGGUGUUUCACGCAUACCGGUUAUGAAGACCAGCCCUCUUCCUAUACCACUUCAACAUCUGGAGCGUGAUACCCCGAUCCGCAGAUCAGGCCUAGUGGAGGAAGACUCGAUAUCAUAUUCAAAAUCCCGCGGACGGAGCCAGAGUAUUAAGGGCGUUGAAGAUCCAGUAGCAACACCAACUCCUGCUAAACGGCUACUCUCCGAAAACUCUCCAACAAAGAAGACCCCCUUGAGGAAAGGCUCCGUACCUGCAAAUCGUGCUGCCUCGGCUUCUCAGCGGCCAAAAACGAGAUCUGGUUCGAACCAAGUUAAUGCAGCAGGGCAGAGACCGCCAACUCGAUCUGGCGAGCUUGGCCCAAGCAACAGCAUCAGCAAGCGGCCUGAGGGAGAUCCUCCGUGGCUGGCAACGAUGUUCAAACCAGACCCCCGAUUACCACCCGAUCAACAACUUCUCCCAACGGUUGCCAGACGUCUACAGCAGGAACAGUGGGAGAAAGAGGGCAAAUUCGGAAAUACAUAUGACACAGCUUUUAGGCCUCUGAACGACGAAAGUCCUCGUACACCAGAGCCCCCAGCGGCUCCAGCGGCUCCAGCAGCAGAGGUAGAAGCAGAGAAGAAACCCGAGCAGUCAUUAGAUCCAGAGUGGCCAUUACGAGGAGGUCCAAAGAGCCCUGCAUUAAGCACAGGACGGCCAGGUACAGCCGGAACCGGGAGCUAUUCAACGAUGCCAAAAAUCCAUACUGGUAUACCUAUGGGCGUGGGUCCAUUACCAAGUCCGAAACCGCCUGUCAGAGUGCAAGACCUACCCGAAGAUUCGAAAAAGGGAGGCUGUGGAUGUUGUGCUGUGAUGUGAUUUAAUCGGCUCUUGAGCAAGCAAACUCAUUCAUUUCUUUGUGUAAAUUGGCGAAGCGGGCGGCCUAGCGAUGUGUUUUUUGUUCUCCGCGCCUUGAAGGCUGUGCCAGAUUCUGGAUGAGCGAGUUGCUGGGCAAAGCACAAGCAUACAUACAAAUUUGUCCGACACGGACUUGAACAUUUCCUUUUACUUCUUUCUAACCUGUCAUGACGUUACGACUCUCCUUAGUCUGAUUGUUUCCUUGCUGUGUUUACUGAAUGCGGGUUGAGUUGCUUGAUUGGUCGAUUGAUUCCCUGGUUGCCAUGGAUGCUACCAAAUUCUUUUCACCUAUUGCGAUAGAGAAAUGGAGUGAUGGAUGUGGCCAUCAGAGAAGAAUACAUUAAGAGGGCGGAACGAGAGACGCUAGGAGCAUGAGAGGAAGGAUUGCAUGAAGGGAUUGGAUGAGAUUCAUAGCCUGCUUGCUUCUUGCUUGUUUGAUAACACUUCCAGACUUGGGGAUGUGCGUUCUGCGAGACGCUGUGCCCGCAGCGAUUCCCUUCCUCCCACUCUAGAGCGUGCGGGGGAAGGAGAAGAGCGAAAGAAGAGUCAUUGUAUAGAUAUUAGUCCUUUCUUUUUUGAUUUCGUUGAUUUUCCUGGCGCUUUUUCCACGAUGCGUAGAUUUCGCACUGGAGCCAGGUAGCGAGCGAGCAAGAUGGAUAUGAGUGAAGGUGUGAUUUUGUGAUACAUAUGGAGUAGAAAGUUGGUUUGCGCAAGUAGAUGCAUUGCAGUGUGAGAGGAGAGAAAUUAAACAUUCGAAAACGAAG